UCUUCAAUAUAAUUACAGCAUGAAGGGAACACUGGGUGGUACAGUUCGGGGAACGGGAUUCAGGCUGGUUUUCUGUCGCCGUGUUUUGUGUGUUAGCGUGUUAGCUAGCUGAUGGUAAGUCACGAGGAAGAUAGCUGCUUGUUGUAAAAGGAGCAGCCAAACAAGCUUACUGUGUCAGCAUUUUACCAUAUUUUCAAAUUUCCUAUAUUGGAAUAUAAAUGUAAUUGAUGAGGCUAAAUAACUAGAAAAUGUUUUGAUAUUUUACUUUUAAAACUGGUUUGCUCAGCUGGAACAGGUAAAUGUGUUAUUCUUCACAAUUAGUUCCAGAAACAUUUGAUUAUUUUGUCAUGAUCAUUAUCGUUGUUGUUUCUGUCAGUAAACUAUCCAACACUGUGUAGGUAGCAAGUUGUGUUACUUACACUUUUCAGUUGAACCACUUAAAUAGAUUGAUGAAGUCAGCUGUGAUGGCCAAGCUGAAGGGCUUUGAGUUCUGGAAGAUAACCCUGAAGGAAGCACGCUUUGUAGUGGCUCCUAUGGUGGACCAGAGCGAAUUGGCGUGGCGCUUGCUGAGCCGCCGACAUGGUGCUCAGCUCUGCUAUACUCCCAUGCUCCAUGCUCAGGUGUUUGUGCGUGAUGCCAACUACAGGAGGGAAAACCUCUACAAUGACGUUUGUGAGGAGGACAGACCUCUCAUCACACAGUUCUGUGCCAACAAUCCAGAAGUGUUUGUUCAGGCAGCUCUGUUGGCACAGGACUACUGUGAUGCCAUCGACCUUAACCUGGGGUGCCCACAGAUGAUCGCCAAGAGAGGACAUUAUGGUGCUUUUCUACAAGAUGAGUGGGAACUUUUAGCAAAAAUGAUCAGGUUAGCCAAUGAAAAGCUCUCGGUGCCCAUCACAUGUAAGAUCCGUGUGUUUGAAGAGGUUGAAAAGACUGUCCUCUAUGCUCAGAUGCUGGAGAAAGCUGGAUGUCAGCUGCUAACAGUUCACGGCAGAACCAAAGAGCAGAAAGGACCCAUGACGGGUAUUGCCAGCUGGGAGCACAUAAAAGCAGUGCGGAAGGCAGUAAAUAUUCCAGUUUUUGCUAAUGGCAACAUUCAGCACCUGAGUGAUGUGGAGCGCUGUAUUCAGGAGACUGGAGUGCAUGGAGUUAUGAGUGCAGAGGGUAACCUCCAUAAUCCUGCACUGUUUGAGGGGUGCAGUCCCCCAGUGUGGGAAAUGGCUGAGGAAUAUCUAGAGGUGGUUAAGCAGCAUCCUCCCUGCACUCUAUCCUACGUACGAGCGCACCUCUUCAAGCUCUGGCACCACACGCUGCAGAUUCACCAAGAUCUGAGGGAGGAGUUGGCCAAGGUGAAAACCCUCGAGGGUUUGGCUCACGUGAGCAAACAGCUGAGGCUACGCUGCCAGGUAACUGCUCUUGAGGAGAUAGCCAAAGGAAAGGAUGUGGAAGAGAAGCCGGGUGACCUCCCCUUCCCCCACUGGAUCUGUCAGCCAUAUGUCCGACCAGCGCCCAAAGAUCCAGUUUCCAAUGGUAACAGCCAGGGCUCUGAGGUGAAGAAGGCUGUGUGUCAGAAGAGGGCACUAGAGGACCCUGAUGGAACAGCUGAAAGACUCUCCAAAAACAAGCAGAAGAAGAGAUCUCGCAAUCCCAACAAGAACUUCAGUCCAGAACAGAAACCCAAGUACAUCAAAUGUGAACAAUGUGGAAAUCCAAAGGGAAACAAGUGUGUCUUCAAUUUGUGUCGAGGCUGCUGCAAGAAGAAGGCUUACAGGGAGGUUGCAGACUGUCCAAGUCAUGGACUGAGGUUUAAGACUAAGGCUGAAAAACGGAAACUUGAGGAGAAGGAGACUGCGAGAGGUAGCGGCUCUCUUCAGCUUCACUCAGAGCCCAGUACAGAACCAAAAGCAGAAGUGCUGCUAUGAGCUGAACCGUCACUACCUUUACCUGCUAAAAAACAACCUGGCUCUUGGCUGUUACAGCGCUAACAGAAUGAGGACGUCUAAUAGGUCCAUUUAUAUUUGGAGACUGGCGAAGUGCUUCUUAGUAUGACUGUUAGAGCAACAUCUUAUUUGGAAGCAAAUAAUGAAUACAGACUGUUUUUUUUUAUUCGAUAGUAACUUGCAUCCAAAUUGGUCGAUUGAUGUCAGAAUUACAACACUUUAUCUCCAUUGUGUCUUCUGUUCAUGCAUUAAUAUUAACGUGAUGGUGUUUAUUCAUUUAUUAGGUAGGUGCUGCUAAGGUUUUAAGAUUCAGUAAACUGAUUUGUAAACAUCGUGACAGAUAUGUAUUUUAUUAUGUGGCUGCAUUUUCAUACUCGUGACUUAAAACUAUUUAUUUCUUGAGGUGAAGGUUUACACAGGUUUAAAACACGUGCCUUCUGAUGAGAAAUGCUACUAAAUGUACAAAUUUCAGGAACCUCAGUUUGCUACGACAAACAGGAGACUGCGACGUCAAAGUUCGGUCCCUUGUAAGGCGAGCUCAACGUCUGUAAAAUUAAAAACAAUUCACUUAAAGGU